AUGAGCACCCUUAAGCGGAAGGAUGCCCCUGGAGGCAAUCCUCCCUCCAAGUCGGCCAAAAACUUCAAAGAAGCUCGACCGACGAAAAAAGAAGCACCGGCAAAGGAUGCGAAGCCAGCUGCCAAGGCGCAUCGCAAAUCAGACGCCGCGACAGAAGAGCGCGCAAAGGCUCCAAUCAUCUCCGUCCUGAAAGAUGAUGAGCCCGUGUUUCCCCGUGGAGGCGGAAGCGUCCUCACGCCUCUCGAACAGAAGAAGAUUCAGAUGGAAGCCAAAGCGGACGCCAUUCGGGAAGAGGAAUUCGAGACGAGCGCCAAGCCGCAGAAGAAGAAGGUGAAGAAGUCUGCGGCCAAGGGUGAUAAGAAGACGGAGAAGAAGGCAGAUGAGGACACCAUUAAGAUUGAGAGCUUGAACUUCAAGAGACUGGUCAAGGGCUCCUUGGUUCUCGGACAGGUGACGAAGAUCAACAAACUCAAUCUUGAGAUUUCAUUGCCGAACAACCUUACCGGACAUGCAUCGAUUGUCACUAUUUCUGAGCAAUUGACGAGCAGACUUGAAGGCGGCGCCGACAAGGAGAGCGACAGCGACGAAGAAGAGUCAUCUGAUGAAAGCGAUAUCAACCUUCAGUCUAUUUUCAAGGUCGGACAGUAUGUGCGAGCUUAUGUGGUCUCGACAUCAGAUAGCACCGCCAGCGGAAAGGGAAAGAAGAAGAUUGAGCUUUCUCUGCGACCCAGCGAGACCAACACUGGACUAGAAAAAGAUGAUGUUGUGCCCAACAGCACCGUCAUGGCCUCGGUGGUCAGCGUCGAAGAUCGUGGCUGUGUCAUGGAUCUCGGAAUCCCAAACUUGAAUGGUUUCCUCCCCAACAGCGAAAUCGACCCCCUCAUUGACCACGAGAGACUCCAGCCAGGCGCCGUGUUCCUCUGCCAGGUCACAGGCAAGGGCGCUGCCAAGACUGUGCAGCUCUCCCUGAUGCAAGACAAGCUCGGAAGCACAAAGGCUUUGCCCGGCGAUGCCACCACAAUCAACACAUUCCUCCCCGGCACACUCGUCAACAUUCUGGUGUCAGAAAAUGAGGGCAGAGGUCUGGGUGGAAAGAUCAUGGGCGCAGUGGAUGCCACUGCGGACUUGAUCCACUCCGGCGUUGGUCCAAACGACGCUGACCUCAAGGCCAAGUACAAGGUCGGAUCCAAGGUCAAGGCGAGAAUCAUUUGCAACUUUCCCACGGCCAAAGACCCGAAGCUGGGCAUCUCGCUGUUGCCUCACAUCAUGUCUCUGACCCGGAAACGCCAAGAUACCAAGUCAAAAACUGAGCAGCCGCUGCCCAUUGAAGUGAUGCCUAUCUCCUCUUUCGUCGAAAAGUGCACUGUUCGUCAUGUCGAAGACAACAUUGGUCUCUUCGUUGAUACCGGUGUCGCUGGUCUGGGCGGAUUUGUUCACAUCUCUCGUGUCAAAGACGGAAAGGUCGACGCCCUUUACGAAACCAGUGGACCUUACAAGGUUGGGACUGUACACCGCGGUCGAAUCGUUGGAUACAACGAGAUGGAUGGCCUCUUCAGUAUCUCCUUUGCGAAGAGCAUUCUUGACCAGCAGUACAUCCGUGUUGAAGACGUUCCCAUCGGCUCAGUGAUCAAUGGCGAAAUUGAGAAGCUGGUCAUCAAGGAGCAGGGUGUUACUGGACUCAUCAUCAAGGUUGCAGAGGGCAUCACUGGAUUUGUUCCCGAGAACCACCUAUCCGAUAUCCGCCUUCAGAACCCUGAGAAGAAGUUCCGCGUCGGAAUGAAGGUCAAGGCUCGCGUUCUUUCUACGAACCCUCUUAAGAGACAAAUGCGCCUUACCCUCAAGAAGACAUUAGUGAAUUCAGAGGCUCCUACCAUCAAAUCUUACGACGAGGUCAGCAUUGGAAUGCAAACUCUUGGUACCAUUGUCAAGGUGCAAAAGAACGGAGCUCACGUUCAGUUCUACGGACAUCUCAAGGGAUUCCUGCCCGUAUCAGAGAUGAGCGAGGCCUAUAUCCGUGAUCCUAUGGAGCACUUCCGCGCUGGACAGGUCCUGAGCGUACACGCUCUUGAGGUCGAUCCCGAAGCGAGAAGAUUUAUUGUUUCUUGCAAAGACCCGAGCGCUUUUGGUUUAGACAAGCAAACAGCUUUGAAGGACUUGAAGUUGGGAGAUGUUGUAUCGGCCAAGGUCACCCAGAAGACGGAGGAUCAAAUCUUUGUGGAGCUUGUUGACAGCCAACUAAAGGCCAUCCUGCCAGUGGGUCACCUCACUGACAAGUCUUCGUCAAAGAACCAAUACGCGUGGAAGCGAAUUUCUACUGGACAAACUUUGUCAGAUCUCGUGGUUCUUGAGAAGAACGAGAACCGUCGGGCCAUCACUCUCACCCAGAAGCCGAGCUUGGUCAAGGCCUCUCAAGAGAACAAGCUGCUCAAGAGCUUCCAUGACGCCAAAGUGGGUGCUAUUGUUCAGGGUUUUGUGCGCAACAUUACAGUUACGGCUGUGUUUGUUCAGUUUGCUGGAAAUCUCAACGCAUUGCUGCCGAGAGGAAGGCUUCCAGCCGAUGUUCAGGCACAACCUGACUUUGGCAUGCGCAAGUUCGAAUCCAUUGAAGUGAAAAUCGUUGCGACCAUUCCUGAGCUGAAGCGUAUUUUGGUUGCUCCCGCCGACGCUCCUCUGGUUAUCGAGAGCGAGGGCAACAAGGGCAAGUCUUCCAAGGCUCCGGCCCCAGAGGAUGGCCUUUCAUUUGGCAGCACAACAAAGGUUAAAGUCACAUCGGUCAAGGAUACUCAGCUGAACGUUCAGCUCGUCGACAGCGAGACUCAAGGUCGUCUUGAUGUGUCUCAGAUCUUUGAUAAAUGGGAGGAUAUCCUCGAUCCAAAGGAUCCCCUCGGCAAAUUCAGCAAGACACAGGUUCUCCGUGUCAAGAUUAUGGGUGUCCACGAUGCCAAAGACCAUCGAUACCUGCCAUUUUCUCAUAGAUCUGCCCACUCGGUUUUGGAGCUUACUUCUAAGCCUAGCGAUCUUGGCGACGAGGAGCCCAAGCCAAUUACUUUUGAAGAUUUAAAGGUUGGCGACAACCGCAUUGCUUUUGUCAACAACGUAACAUCUCAAUACCUCUGGGUGAACCUUUCUCCCAACGUCCGAGGCCGCAUUUCCAUCAUGGACGCGUCAGACGACUUGUCUCUGCUAAACGACCUAGAGGCCAAUUUCCCGGUCGGAUCAGCCAUCAAAGUUAGAGUCACAUCGGUCGAUGCCAAAAACAAGCGUCUCGACCUCUCUGCACGAUCACCUAAUGCCUCCGAGACCAUCACUUGGGCUUCAUUGAAGCAGAACAUGGUCCUCCCUGGUAAGAUUACCAAGGUCAAUGAACGACAAGUUUUGGUGAAACUGAGCGAAGCCGUCUCCGGCCCUGUCCAUCUCCCCGACAUGGUCGACGAUUACGGCACUGUCGAUACUCUCAAAUACAAAAAGGGCGAUAUUGUUCGCGUUUCCAUUGUUGAUGUCGACGCUAGCAACAAAAGAAUCCGUCUCUCUAUGCGACCCUCUCGAAUCAUGAGCUCUACCCUUCCUGUUGCGGACAAGGAGAUUAGCAAGAUUGCACAGCUUUCCACUGGUGAUAUCGUACGAGGAUUCGUCAAGAAUGUCGCCGACAAGGGUGUCUUUGUCUUGCUCGGAGGCCAGGUAACUGGAUUUGUCAAAAUUUCAAAUCUUUCUGAUCGCUUCUUGAAGGAGUGGAAAGACAGCUUCCAGGUUGAUCAGUUAGUAAAGGGCCGCGUUAUUGCCCUUGAUGCCGCGACUAGCCAACUUGAGCUCAGCCUGAAGUCUUCCGUAGUUGAUGAGGACUACAAGCCUCCGGUAGGUUACAACGAUAUCAAGGAGGGCCAAAUCGUCACCGGUGUCGUCCGCAAGGUUGAAGAGUUUGGUGCCUUUAUUGUUAUUGACAACUCGGCCAAUGUCAGUGGCUUGUGUCACCGAACCCAGAUGGCCGAUAACGCCGUCAAGGAUGCCACCAAGCUGUACAAGGAGGGAGAUAAGGUGAAAGCUAGAGUCUUGGAGGUUGAUCCUACAAAGAGAAGAAUCAGCUUUGGCCUCAAACCAUCCUUCUUUGAGGACGAGGACACUGACAUGGAGUCUGAUGCUGGCGCAGCACUCGACGACGAGGAUGAGGAUGAGGAUGAUGGUGAAGGCAUGGAGUUGGAUCAGGAAGCGUUACUCAAGAUUCUUGGCACUGAUAACCAAGGCGACUCCUCAGAUGAUGACGAAGACGAGGACGAAGACGAGGAAGAGGAGGAAGCGGAGGGUGAUAGCGACGAAGAGAUGGAGGACGCUGCCACUAAGAAGACUGGUGGUCUAGGCGGAGGUAAAAAGUCAGCGUGGGCAACAAAUCCGUUCGAUGACGCUGGCUCAGAAUCCGAAAACGAUUCCCAGGCCGAAAACGCCGACAAGAAGAAGAAGCGGAAGAAGAAGGCUGAGGCCCAGGUCGACCGAACUGCUGAGCUCGAUGCCCACGGCCCUCAGACGUCUAGCGACUACGAGCGUCUGCUUUUGGGUCAGCCUGACUCGUCAGAGCUGUGGAUUGCCUACAUGGCGUUCCAGAUGCAGGUCAGCGAGCUACCAAAGGCGCGAGAGGUUGCCGAGCGAGCCAUCAAGAGCAUCAACAUUCGCGAGGAGACUGAGAAGCUCAACGUCUGGGUUGCUUAUCUCAACUUGGAGGUUGCGUACGGCAGCAAGCACACGGUUGAGGAUGUCUUCAAGCGAGCUUGCCAGUACAAUGACGAGCAAGAGGUUUACGAGCGACUGGCUAGUAUCUACAUCCAGUCAGAGAAGCUCAAGCAAGCGGAUGAGCUCUUCGAAGCCAUGCUCAAGAAGUUCGGUGCCAAGGCACCCAGCGUCUGGACCAACUACGCACACUUCCUGCACGUCACCAAGAACGAGCCCGCCCGAGCCCGAGCCCUGCUCCCCAGAGCCACUCAGCAGCUCGACAGCCACAACGGCCAGAACAUGGUCAGCCGAUUUGCGGCUCUCGAGUUCCGGUCACCCAACGGCGAGCCCGAGCGCGGCCGAACCAUGUUUGAAGGUCUUCUCGCCGCUUUCCCCAAGAAGGGCGAUAUCUGGAACCAGCUGCUGGAUCUCGAAAUCGGCAUUGCCAGCUCCAGCGCCGAUCACACCGCCGUGAGAGACGUAUUCGAGAGGAGGACGAGAGUCAAGGGUCUCAAGCCCCAGCAGGCAGAGAAGUGGUUCCGCAGAUGGGCCGCGUGGGAGGAGAAGCUCGAUCCCAAGGGCAAGGAUAGGGUCAUGGCCAAGGCGCAGGAGUGGGCGUCUGGAUUCAAGGCCAAGAAGGAGGCUGAGGCUGCAGCGGCUGAGGAUGAGGAGAUGGAGGAGUAGAGGGGGAGAAGAGAUGUAAAAGGAAAAAGAACCAUGUGCGGAUAAUGUAAAAAUGGACGGCCCAUUUAGAUAGGCUGGGCGUUGGUAAAUAGUUGUAAAAAUGCAUACACCUUUUUUUGUUC